CCAACCCAAAACACAACACCACCACCACCACCACCAUUGCUCACCUUUACCAUACCUUCCACUGAAAGAUGGCCGCCGCCACCGCCUCAGCCGCCGCUUCUCUUGUCGUUCUCCUUUCGAUCACCGCCGCCCUCUCUCUCAUCUCCCCCUCCCUCGCCCUAACCUGCAACCCCCAGCCCUCCUUCCCCAACAAGAGGACUUACUCCAGCUGCGCCGCCCUCCCCCACCUCAACGCCACCCUCCACUUCACCUUCGACCCCGCCAACUCCUCCCUCUCCCUCGCCUACUCCGCCGCCCCGCCCUCCUCCUCCGGCGGCGGAUGGGUCGCCUGGGCCAUCAACCCCACCUCCACCGGCAUGGUCGGAGCGCAAGCGAUGAUGGCGCUCAAGAGCUCCUCCGGCUCCGUCGUCGCCAAGACCUUCAACAUCUCCUCCUACCACUCCAUUGUCGAGUCCAAGCUGUCGUUCGACGUGUGGGACCUGAGCGCCGACGAGGCUGCCGGCGGGACCAUGAGGCUGUUCGCGUCGGUGAAGGUGCCGGCGGGCUCGAGGAGCCUGAACCAGCUGAACCAGGUGUGGCAGGUGGGGCCGAGCGUGACGAGCGGCGUGCCGGACAGGCACUCGAUGGCGACGGACAACAUGCAGUCGAAGGGGACGCUCGAUUUGGUCGCCGGGCAGAGCACGAGCGGCGGAGGCGGUGGAUCCGGGACCAAGAAGAAGAAUAUCCAUGGAAUUCUCAAUGCUGUGAGCUGGGGGAUCAUGUUCCCGAUCGGAGCCAUCAUCGCGAGGUACGUGAGGGCCUUCCCGUCCGCCGACCCGGCGUGGUUCUAUCUCCACGCCUUUUGCCAGUCCUCGGCCUACGCGAUCGGGGUCGCCGGUUGGGGAACCGGCCUGAAGCUGGGCAGCGAAUCUAAGGCAAUCCGGUACACCGGUCACCGGAAUAUCGGGAUCGCCCUCUUCGCUGUGGCGACGGUGCAGAUCUUUGCGUUGUUCCUGAGACCGAAGAAGGACCACAAGUACCGGUUCUACUGGAAUAUCUACCACCACGGCCUCGGGUACACCAUCCUCGUCCUCGGUAUCCUCAAUGUGUUCAAAGGCCUCGACAUCCUGCAACCUGAGAACAAGUGGAAAUCGGCGUACAUCAUCUUCAUAUCGGUGCUGGGCGGAGUAGCCGUGCUGUUGGAACUGAUUACGUGGAUCAUUGUCCUGAAGAGGAAGUCGGGUAAGCCCACGAAGCCCUACGACGGAUACAACAAUGGACAAGGGAGGCAACAACCGCUCGCCAUAUAACCAACAAAGCAGGGCACCGGCGUCCAUUCGGGUUACAUAGGAUCUGCUGCUACUCACUCACAGAAAACAUUACGAGCCUUCUUAUCUACUACAGAGUCUUCUCUAUUUUGUUCGUCAUGCGUAGUUCUAGCCUGUAUAAUGACUCUUGUUUGACACAGGGUUAUUCUUUGGUAAUAUAUGCACAGGUCGUUUGGUCAGCA